AGGAGGGAAGAAUUUAGAUCUGUUGUAAUUCUGAUUAUAAAAUAGACUGUAUAUACUCAUAUUCAUUUGCUUAUUCAAAAAUCAUACAUAGAUCAUAAUCUUGUGUUCCUAAAGAUUCACUCUAAAUUAUGAGUUAUUCAUGCGGUACUACUGUUGUUGUCACCCUUUUGUUACUAGUGGUGGCCUCCUCACUCGCUCUGACCGCAAACGCGGAUUCGUUCGAAUCGCUCCUCCAGCUCCCGCGAAGACAGUCGCGCUCGACCCGACCCAGAUCCGAACGGCUCCUCCACGUCGGCAAAUUUGGUGCCAAAGGCAAUGGCUUCACCGACGACACUAAAGCGUUUGCAGAUGCUUGGAAGACAGCUUGUUCUUCCAAAGUCAAAACCAGAAUCUUGGUGCCUGAAAACUACACUUGUCUCCUCCGGCCCAUUGAUCUUUCUGGACCUUGUAAAGCAAGACUCACACUCCAGAUCUCUGGUACAAUCAUUGCUCCCAAUGAUCCAGAUGCUUGGGAAGGUCUAAACCGCCGCAAAUGGCUGUAUUUCCAUGGUUUGAGCCGCUUGACGGUUGAAGGAGGUGGCACUGUUAAUGGAAUGGGGCAAGAAUGGUGGACAAGAUCUUGCAAACACAAUCAUUCCAACCCUUGUCGAGGCGCUCCAACGGCCAUAACAUUCCACAAGUGCAAGAAUAUGAGAGUUGAAAACCUCAAUGUGAUUGAUAGCCAACAAAUGCACAUUGCCUUCACCAGCUGUCGCCGUGUGGCCAUCUCUGGUUUAAAGGUCAUUGCUCCUGCUACUAGUCCCAAUACUGAUGGAAUUCACAUAAGCGUCUCCCGUGGUAUCGUGAUAGACAACACUACUGUCAGCACAGGAGAUGACUGUGUUUCGAUAGUUAAAAACUCUUCACAGAUCUCCAUCAGCAACAUUAUAUGUGGUCCUGGCCAUGGCAUAAGCAUUGGAAGCCUAGGAAAAUCAGAAUCUUGGGAAGAAGUUAGAGACAUAACGGUUGAUACAGCCUUCAUCUCUGACACUGCGAAUGGUGUUCGGAUCAAAACAUGGCAGGGAGGGAGUGGUUUGGUCUCAAAAAUUAUCUUUAGGAACAUCAAGAUGAACAAUGUGUCAAACCCCAUCAUCAUCGAUCAGUAUUACUGCGAUUCUCGGAAGCCGUGUGCGAAUCAGACAUCAGCUCUUAGCGUUGAGAACAUCUCAUUUGUUUACGUGAGGGGCACUUCAGCAACAAAACAAGCAAUCAAGAUCUCUUGCAGCGAUAGUUCACCAUGUCGCAACAUACUUUUACAAGACGUUGAUCUUGAACCAUCAAGCGGCGAUGGUUUCACAGAGUCCUUCUGUUGGGAAGCUUAUGGUUCUAGUUCGGGUCAAGUGUACCCUCCUCCUUGCCUUUCAGAUGACACAAGCUUCUUGGAACAGUCGGUUCAGUCCGGGAUCACAUCUGCAUACCUUUGAAUUCAUGGUUUCAGAUUGCAAAUCUGCCACGUUUUUAGUGCACACGCCAAAUGUUUUAAAUAUAUGGUCACAUUUUGGCAAAUUCAGCUCACUAAUCUUUCCCUUAUCAUCGAGUUUAUCUCUUAUUGCACUCAAUUCCAGUCACAAGUUUACCUUAUAAGCCAUAAGAUGGAUGUAGAGCUAUCUCACGGUUGCUGGGGAGAUUAUAAUGUAGCUGAAACAAUCUUAGUACAAAUGUGUAACCAAAACUAUGAGAACUUUUAUGUAAUGAGCCAAAAUAUAGGGGAACAACAUGUAAUUACGAAAACUAGUAAAAAGACGUGCAGUAAUUACUAAACAAAAAUAGAAGGGGUACAUCUGUAAUAUCCUCGACUAAAAGGAGUAGUCUCGGAAUUUGUAUUGGGCCUUUUGAACGUUAAAGGGCUAAUUAUUGGGUCAAUAUAGCCCAUUCAUAAAUAUAUCGAAACAAGAUGAAUAUGAAAAAACCGACCCAUUCUGUUAUUUAAAAAAGAUAGGGAAGAGUCAUCGGAGCUACGAAAACGACGGCGGUGGACGAUGGCUUCAGGAUUCGGUGUCUUAUCUUCUUCUAGUCGUUAGGUUCUACUUGUAGCCUUAUGAGUAAUCAAUUCCACUUGUUAGGUUAGAUUUCAUGUAAGCCUUUCCUUUUUCAAAGAGAACCUUUAGAUUUGAUGCUUCGUUUCCUUAAUUAAAUAGAAACGUAUAUAUAAUUUGAUCUAGAGGAUAUCACAAAAGCAGAAGUUGCAAGAUAUUUGAUUUAAUUAAUUGCUGAUAUUUAGAUGUAAGUGGAUAAGUGUUGAAAGGAUAUUUUAUCUUAACUUUCAAAUUCAACAUUCCAUCUCUUAAUGUAGUUAGUUAUCUAUUCCUUUCAAUAUUUCAAAGUUGUUUCCGUAGGGAUAAAAAAGACUUGGGCAUAUAAAAUAUACAAACAAUCCUAUAAAUACAGCUCCCAAAAUUAAACUCUCACCACCAUCCAACUAUCCCAAAACACACACAUAAAAGAUCAGGAAAAUGAGUACCUUACAACAACUUUCUGUGCACAGUACCAUCUCCAACGUCAUUACAGAGAAGAGAAAAUCGGUGACAAUCCCUACAAAUGGUAGUCAUCAUCUAGAGAGCAAGCCGACGAUUCAUGAUGUGGACAAAUGCGCCGAGGCUUUCAUCCAAAACUUCCGGCGACAACUUUCUCUUCAGUGCGAUAACAUCCUCCCUAGAGGAAGUCUUUGAUAUAUAACACAUACAUAAAAAUAGAUGUCUCAUGUCUCAUGUGACAGAUAAUA